UUAUGUGGGAGUUUGAUAAGUUUUUGAAAUUAUUUGUGCCAAAACUACAGUAAAAAUAAUGAAAUGUUUAUUUUUGAAGUGUUUUUAAUACUCUGUGUCCAGAAAUUAUUAAAAAACCGUUCGUUUAAGUUCAGGCGUCUCUAAAUUUAGUGGCAUCAGCAAAGUUUGAGGUUAAACUUUUGCGUUUUUCUUUUACAUAAACAAUUUACUCAAAUUAGUAUUUAUUUUUAAUUUUAAUCAAAUAAGUGUCCAAACGCCGAUAUUUUGCAAUAAUGGAGUUCAGUAAAGCACAAAUAGCGGCCUUAGUUUUAGGUUACCUCAAAAGUGAGAAAUUAUACUCAGUGAUUGAGGAGUUCCUCAAAAACUGUUCAUAUUUUAAUGAAAACACCCAAAACAUCAAAAUGGGGAAGUAUUUUGUUACCCGUGUAUUGGGAAUGCGUCUUGUUGAUUUCCUUGAAGAGUAUGCUAUGAUUUACUCCAUAGUUCAAGGCCGUCUCGAAGAGACCAAUUACUACGAAACACAUACAAGAACCUCAUUGGUGGACCAAAUUAUGUACUUGUUGGACAAAGAAACAGCGACUGUGGCCACUUCAACCCCUGUGAUAAGUUCAAGUGUUGGUAGUGAAGUAGACACCACACCGGCACACACUUUACCAGGAAACAAUUCGGAAGAAAAUGAACCCGCAAUCACCAAAACACCAAAGAAGAAAUCGACAAGGAGCAAAAGCAGAGAGAAAGAAGAGAUUUUGGACGUUUCUGAAGUUUUGACCCAAACUUUGUUAGAAAAUCACGAAUUGCAUGAAAAAAUCGCGGAAACUAUCAACAUAGUCAGGAAUACGCCUGAAACCGGUCGCGCUGCCACAGAGGAACACGUCAGUGCUGGUGCGUCUAAGGAACUAGACGCUUUAAUUAAAACAGUAGUACAAAGGACUGAAGAAGACCCAGUGUACAAUAAACUAAUUGAUGAGAUUAUCGGAACGGCGCCUUACGACAACCAAUCAAAAAAAUCCACCGGCUCCACCCACAAUAACGACGAUUCGUCCAAACCCAAGAGUGGGGACCCAAUGGACGCCCACAACAACGACGCUGUGCGUUCCAUAAUCGAGGUGGCACAGAACACAGACCCGCCCCCUCCCGAGGCCCCAAAGCCCCAAAAUGGGGGCGAAGUCUACGUUUUCGACGGCACACUUGACACAUAUCUGAAAACGACCGGCGCCACGCCCGCGGUGGCCCCAAACCAGCUCUACUUCAACACCGGGGGGCUCCUAAUAAUGCCCCCCGAAGCCCCACCAAAGCAAUACUACAUCGUCAACAACCAACCAGUGAUAAACAUGGGCGUGCCAACGGUAAAAAACAUAACAGAGAAUGACAUCAUGGCAAUGCCUACUAUAAUCGUAAACGACGAAAGUUGUACCAACCUUACGAACCAAACAGUUGCGCCAAAACCCCCCAAACGUAUUGUUCCCAAACCCGAGGAGCCGCCCCCUGCCACAAGCCCCGCCUCCAAGCCCGCCUCCCACGUACGCAACCUUGAUUUUUCAACGCCGGGAAUGCGGAAUAAUUCGAGUAAGACCUGGGAUGCGGAUUUGAGGAGUUUGGUGUCAGGUUGUGCCAAUAAAACGCCCACUCCGAAGAGGAAACGGGUGAUUGUGACGAAAAAGAAGGCCAAAGCGAAGAAAAAAACUGAAGAGGAGGAGCCUAAAGCUAUGCAAACUCCGGUCAAGGACACCGCCCCGAAAACACCAGGCCCCGCCCCCAAUACCAACGAUUGUACCCCGUUUUCGGCGCUUUUGGAGGAGCAACUCCAGGGGGUUGAUUUAAUUUCAAUGCCCACCCCCAAAAUUCCGAUUACGCCCGGAUUUGCCCUAACUCCGGGUGAUUUGGCGCCUUAUAAUCAACGCUCAACCGACUAUUCAACCUCCAGUUCGUACUACCAACCUUCCGACACGGAACAAAACAAGUCCCUAGACCAGUUGAUAGAAGAGUGCAAGCGAUUGGAGAAUAAUAAGUCGCCACAGCCGCCUGAUAAAUUCACAAAUUUGAAAAUCCUAAGCGACGUUGUAAUCGAGCAGGCCAAGGUUGUAACCGAACCGGAAAAAUCGCAAACCACGUUAAAGAAAUUCAACCAAAGUGUGAUCGGUAAGAAGAAUUUGAAUCUUUUGAAUCGCCAUCCCACGACUUCGAGUUCGUCGGAUUCGGAUUCGGAUUCAGAUUCGGAAUCGCCCGAACACACCGUAAUCAAAAAGACUGAUGUUAAGCAAACCGACGAUACGUCUAGUAUUAAUAAUAUUUUGAACGAGGUUCAAGUGAAAAGUACGUUUGAUGAGGAGAAGCGUAAGAAGGACAUUUUGGCCCAAUUGGAGGUCGUCCGGAAACGAACAAUUGACAAAAUCAAAAAAACAACCCGGAAAGCUCCGGUUCGGAACAACCGGAAAAAUGCGAAAACCCCCAAAGUGCCGCGGAAAAAACCGGCGAAAAAACAGCCAGUUGAGGAGAAAGUCGAGGACGAAGAGGCGCAAAAGCUGAUUCAUGGCUUGGCCGAGCGGGGGAUUCACUUAGUUCAGAAUAAAACACCGCAAAAAGUUAAAGAACAGACGCUUGAAUCGGACGUUUCUUGUCCGACCUUUGAUAGGAAAAUUUACCAGGAUGUCGAGUCCGUGGUUCAUUCGGACAAGACCCGAAAGAAGGCUUUGAACAAGUACAAUUUUGAGAUUUUGAAAAAAACCAUGUCCGUGCAAGUUUUCGACGAGUUGGACAGAGAAGUGACGAUGAUGAUUAAGUGGACGGGUUUUGAAUCGAUUUUUGAGUUAAAUCCAAGAGCUAAGUCGACAACGCCGAAGAAGAAACUGGACGAUGAGGAGGAUGAGCUCAUGGAUUAUGUUUUCUUGGCCGAUGCAAGGGACAGUUCGCCGGAAAAAGUGACGAAAGGGGGGCGGAAGAGGAAGCAUAAAAGUAGCGAGAGUGAGAAACAGACGGAGAAGAAGGCGAAAGCCUACGAAAACAAUAUUAAACUUUUGAAGAAAAUUGACGUUGAUGAUUUUCUUGAUAAAGUGCAUGGAGAGUGAGUGAGUUUUGAGCCUGAGAGUUUCAGUUAGUUUCUAGUUUGGAGUUUACAGAUAAGUACGAUUUUUUAUUGUACAGUGUGUAAAUAAGACGUUUUUGAAUUU